AUGGCCUCUAAACAGUCACCUCUUGGUCAUUCUCCAUCGUCACGAGAGUCACAUAAUCAUCAACAAUCACCAUUUCAAGAUUCAGCUAAUCGUCGUAGUCCUACAAGAGAUCCAAAUGGCCGUCGAUCUCCUACUAGAGAUGCAUAUAGUCAUCGGUCAUCUUCUCGUGGUCGACAUCGUGACCAUCAUCAUCAUCACAAUCAUCAAUCGCAGCAACAAUUUUCACAAAUUCCACCACCACCACCAUCAUACGGUCAAGUUCGAGCACCUGUGCCAAUUCAAUUUACUCCGUCAAUACGUUUACCACUUCUUCGUCUCGGAGCUCCUGCCGUCUCUGCUCUACCUAUAGCAGUAACACAAACACGACUACAAUUACCUGCAGCACCAGUUACUGUUUAUCCUCCUCGAUCAACAUAUAUUUCACCACCACGACCUCUCGCGAUGCUUCAUUUAGCGCCUCAACUUCCGCCACCAGCAUCGCUUUCACCACGAGCUACACGAGCUGACCAACAAAAAUUUGUAUGUGUGCAAAAUUUAAUGCAACAUUAUGCUGACAGCAAUCGACCUCGUCUUCAAUUAUUACAAAUGCGUCCACAUCCGAGAACAAAUGACACGACUGGCUUAAACAUACCAAUGCCGACAACGAAUGUUGUCACUAAAUCAUCAGAUACGAAAGUUGACACAGGUAUACAAGUCGAAGUACCUCGACAAGAUGGUUUUGUUAUUGAACCAGGUCUUUUUCAAACACUAUUACGAGAUGCUACUGGAGUAAAUUUUACAUCGGCUGAAGCUCACUAUGCUGCUGCACGGGAAAUUCAAAAACAAGCAAUGGAAGCUCGCCGUCGUGAACGAUCAACGAUGACUGAUUUACCAGCUCAUCAAAUUCUAUACGAUCUACAAUAUGCUCGUGGUGGUGAAGGUGAUGAACGAAAAUUUGUUAAUGUUACUGAUAUUGCUGGACCACAUGCUGAUGCAUUAUUGGCUCAAAUUGAACGAGAUCAAAUUGAACGAGAACAGCUUCGAUUACGUCAACAGCAACAACAACCACCACCGGCACCCCCACCAUCAUCAAUACCUUUAAGUAAUAACAUGAAUGAAAUGCCACCAACGUCCUAUGCGAUUGGUUUCGAACGACAAUAUGGACAAAUAUUAGAACAACCAUCAUCAUAUCCACUAGGAUUCGAACAACAACCUCCAAAUGUUAAUAAUCCUGAUAACUGGCAACAAAGAAGUGAACUUAUUUUACAGCGUCAACGAGAACGAGAGGAAAGGGAAGCAGAACAACUCGCAUUUGGUAAUGCUGAUACUGAUCGUUCUCAUCGAAGAGUUACAUAUGAACCAAACGUACAAGUAUAUGGUUCAGAUGAAUAUGAUGUUCCUCUCGAUUAUCUCAUUCGACAACCACAUCAAACAGCACCAACAUCUGAUUAUAACUCACAUUUAGUAGAUCCUAUUUCAGUUCGCUCAACUACACCUCGUUCACCACACAUGCCACUGUCUAGUGAUCGUCAAGUGCCAAGUAAAACGACUACGCUUCAUGAUCCACUUUCUGCACGUAGACAAUCUUCAAGCGAACAUAUAAUGCCAACUAAGACUACUAAACCUCUUAAUCGAUUUUCUCCACGUAAACAGAUUUCAAAUGAACCUCCAAUAGAAAUUAAAACUACAACACCUCGUGAUCCAUUCUCGCCACGAAGAACUGCCAGUCAAAUAUCGCAUUCAGUAGCUGGAACACCACGUAAAGCUGCAUCGCCGACUAUUGCUGAGCGACAUCGUGAAGCUCGUCAACGAAAACUACAAGGAUUAUUACGUAAACGUGAUGAAGAGGCUCUUUCUCUUGCUGACGCUGCUCUUCACGGUGAACCAAUACCAACAACACGAACAUUGGAUGAAUUUCAGCUUGAAGCAUUAGAAACAAGUUUUACAUCAACCGUGCGCGAACUAGGUGGUGCUGAUGGAAUCAUAAAUCGUACAUAUGAUCUAGAUUUAAUGGAUGAUGAUGACGCUGAUAUCGAUUAUGAUUAUUCAGAGCGAAGACCAUCGAGACCAAUGUCAGCUACGACAUCUAAUGCGAAUCAUAAUUCAAGUCAAUAUUCGACUUCAUCUUCAGGUCUACCACGACCAUCAUCAGCAGCAUCGUCGACUAGAUCUUCUCGAAAAAUGACACCAAUGGGAAAAGCUAUUGUUCAGGCUAAAAAGAAAGGUCCACCACCGGCUCGUAGUAAUAUGGCACGAAAGCGACCACUUUCAUCUCCAGCUAAUCUUGGACAAAAACGAGGCGCAAUGACUGCUCCUGUAAAAGGCAGUCAAAAUCAAACUGGAUUGAUACGAACAAUGCGCAAAGCAUCACCGCCUGCUCACAAGCCAAUGACAUAUAAUGAACGUGUACGUGCUUUGAGUAAGACAGACAGUGAAGUACGGUCAACAUCAAAAUCUGAUCCAACUGAUCCUAAAGCACUCAUGCGUUUAUAUGGUACACGACGCGUACCAGGUCUCUAUGUACCCUAUGAAAAGACGGAUCCGCGAGUAACAAAGACAUAUUCAGAACGAAUGAAAGAAUUGCAACAACCAGCAUUAGGUCAACAUCAACAUCAACGACAACGACCAACACAAAGACAAGAAGAACAAGAACAAGAAUUUGAUCAACGUCCAUCGAGUGCUCCGUCCAGUUCGGCCAGCUUAUCUGAUUGGGAAGUUGAUGAUCGUAUUAAACAAUUAUUGGCCGAUGAUCAAGAUGUAUCACCUAAUAAAAAAUUUACUAGAACAGUUCCACCAUUGCCCAAUCUUGAUGAACUCGAUGAUGAUAAUGGUGAUGAUAAUAUGGAUGAUACAACUUAUAGUUUGACACGUGUAACUGAACAAACAAAUGAAAAUACUUAUGGUGAUGAUCUUCGUUUACUUCAAUAUCGACGACCAAAUACAUUGACUACAAAUACUUAUGGUGGUACAAGAGUUAGUGCACGAAGUAGUGCGGGUGGUGAUAUGACAGCACGUGAUGAAAGUGAAAUGUCUGUAGGUGAAAGUAGUAUUCCAAGCGUUCUCGAUUGGAGUGCACUCGAUAGAGAUUUUCCGACCGGGACUCAUUAG